CACGCUUGAAUGACCUUUGUUUGCAUAUUGAAGCAAACCGCCCGCAUCUAAGACACUGAAGAUUGUUCGAGAAAGCUUUCCAGCUACAGGUCAAGGUACAUUAACACAGCCAGUCAUGUCUGUUCACAUGAUUACUGAUUUAUUCAUGCUGAUUAGCGUCUAUACUGUUUAUUUGUUUCCAGUGCCAGUGGUGUGUAACAGAAGCUGCAGUUGGAAUCAGCUGACUAUUUUGCGUCCCAAGGUAGUUGAAUGUCUUCCUUGUCCUGAAUGUCCCGAGGGUGAAGGCAUGGUCCCGCAGUGUGGCUCACGUAUUACCGCUGACGUCACUGUCCAGUGUGUACAAUGUAAACCUGGCAAAUCAUACUCGGAUAAGUUUGACAUCUCCUCGUGUAAGCCUUGCACUAUCUGUGACCCUAACGAAGAAACGAUCAGCCCUUGCACUGCCACGAAGAAUGCGGUUUGUGGAGAGUGCAAUGCUGGCUUCUAUCGAGCCACAACCGGAGAUUGCAAACCUUGCAUGAGGUGUUGUGCUGACAGUAAAGACGAAGAUAUAGAGGAACAGUGCAAAGCACAGACCAACCUCCCAUCGAACCAAAUUUGUCGAUACGAUGUCAACACCAUCAACUGCGCGCCUACUGCAUACAGGACAACUGCGCCUGCUGUGUUGGUUUCCACGAUACCUGUGAUGUCACAUGACAAGAUGGCUGCCCGCACUAAAGGAGGGAAGGGAGCUACCACCCUGAGGUUCAUUUCGUUUGCAACCUGUCUUUCUUUCGUUGUGUGUCUUUUACUUGGAGUGAUGUUGCUUUUUUGUUACAAAAAGAAGAUGCUGUCCACGCUUUGGCGCCACGGACAUACAGGCUAUGUGAGAACAACUCCAACACAAGUGGUCUGCGAUCAGCCUCAGACACCCCAGGUUGUGUUUGGGAAUGAAAAAGCGAGUGUAUGAACUUGCAGGGAGAUGAUCUUGGGAUAUCUAUACCUUCCUGACACUUCAGUAUGUUGCGUUCACAUUCUGCACAUGCAGUGUAGACCGCUGAUUUUAAUAUUCUUCGUGGUCAGUUAUGUUAACCGAGAGGGCGUUUUGCACGCUCAGAAAAAAAAAUUCAACUUGUUCAGUUAAAUUUCCGUUGGAAAGACCGCUUUAGAGUUCCUAGAACGGACCACGUUUUUUUAAGAAGAGGGUUAGACUGGGUGACAUUAUGGGCUUACUUUUAAGUCGAUUUCGCUCAAGGAAUUUCUAGUAACGCCUAUUUCGAGCAGAAUUCUCAGAGGAGUCGAUAAAUUACCGAUCAUCGGCCGAUAGUUUUGUUCAUUUGCGUGGAUUUGGGAUGCACUCUUUUACUUAGUCCUCUCUUACUACCAUUUGCAGCUUGCUGGAGAGCAGUGCCUGUGAAUUCGUGCGGUCUCUUUUCUUUCCCUGCGGCCCGAUGUCUCUAAGGCUCAAUGUUUAAACGUUAGUCAUUAAAAGUACUAUCAGUUUUUGAACACAAGCUGUUCGUAAUAUAUCACUUAUGACUAUUCAAUUAGAAUAUUUUACCGCGUUGUCUUUCCUCCUCGCUGAAAGUGUCUUAAGCCUUGAUUCGAAUUGUUAAGUGCACUCCGCUGAGGUUAAAAAAUAUACGCUGGUUGGUGACUUUUAUGAGUGUCAUCUGUACUCGCAUGAAAACGGCUUCGCGCUCAUGAUAAAGCGAGUACGUAUACUAGAAAUAAAUGAGUGUUAAGGUUAAAGUCUA